AUGACGAGGAGAAUUUCAAGGCCACCAUUUUGUCGUCUCAUUGUCUCCUUGAUGUUCUUCAUCUUCAUCUGCUUCAUUUUCCAUCGAUUUUCCGACAAUCCAAACACCCAAUCUAUUGUCGUCUCCAAACUUGAUUCGGACAAGAAAACUCUGCUGCGAGCAGCACUGAUGAAAGCAUCGAUGCCCGAUAGAACAGUAAUUCUGACUGUCGUUAACGGAACUUGGGCGAAACCGGGAUCGAUCCUCGAUGUCUUCCUCGAAAGCUUCCAAGUCGGAGUAGGAACGGAACAUCUCUUGAACCAUCUUCUCGUCAUCGCCGAAGAUAGCCGAUCAUUCGAGAACUGCAAGUCCAAGCAUCCCCAUUGUUUCGAACUCGAAAACUCGACGAAGAAACUCGCCGAGAAACCACCGGGAACACAAGGGAGCCUCAUGUUUAGUCAGACGAGAUUGAUGUUGCUAACCCGAGUUAUCGAAUUCGGUUACAAUGUCGUCUUCACUAAUGCAGAUGUGAUGUGGCUGAGGAAUCCGUUGAGUAAACUCGUGGCUAAUUUCGAUUUAUCGAUCGGAUGCGGGCUUUAUCCGAUCGAUGCUAAAACAUUCGGGAUCGAAGGAGAUGGAGGAUUCUUUCAUCUCAAGGCAAACGCAAGGACUAUUGAAUUCAUCAGAAUAUGUAACAUGAACAGAGUUCUGUACCCUGAUUCCGAACACCAAUCCCUCUGCAAAAUCUCUGAAAAACAGGAGUACGUCGGCCUCAUCGGAGUCGAGGAGAAUUUCGGCAGUCUUUGCCUGCCGUGUGAUCUGAAUCAGAAACUUACGGUACAAGCAAACUGCUGUGACGACAUUGAUAGCAAGAUCCAUGAUAUGAAGCUUGUGCUCAAUGACUGGAGGAACUUCGUACAUCUGUCGUCGAAUAAUGUUAGCUCGAACCGGUCAUCGGUAUCGUGGAGGGCUCCGGUGAAAUGCUUCUCGUGA